UUAUAACAUCGGCAUUUGAAAAACAUUCAAAACCACAGCCCAGUGAUAGCCCAACUGUAGAGUUUGGCGGCCACGAAAUGAAUCGCACUGAGUUGGUAUCUGAGAAGAAAUGUUUUGGACUGUUUCUUGGACUCGAUGAUCAAGACACAACAGAACAAGUCAUCAAUAUUAUAUUAGCUGUCCUCAACUUCCCCACUUCACUCUUUGCUGUCGUUGAAAACUUCAUCUUGAUUCUGGCCAUCUGGAAGAAUGCUCAUCUGCAUAAGCCUUCGUUCGCCUUGCUUGGUUGUCUUGCCUUUUCCGAUCUUCUUACUGGGCUCGUUUCUCAACCAUGUCUUGUUGCUUAUGGCAUAGCUAAGCAUUACAAGAACUGGACAGCAACAUGCAAUGCCACUAUCUUAAUUAUUUUAUCAAUCGUUGUUUUAUCAGGAGUUUCUGUUUCGACUCUGACAGUCAUAAGCAUAGAUCGAUUCCUUGCUUUACAUUAUCACCUACGUUACGGAGAAAUUGUUACAGUACCGCGCGUUCUGGUGUUGUUUGCAGGAUUCUGGCCAGUAUUCUUGAUUGUCUUGAUUCCUCGAAUUCUUAACGAGCUAAUUAUUUUUACCAUCUUGCUUAGUACAGGAUGCACGAUAUCUUUGAUUAUAAUCCUAGUUUGCUACUGGAAGAUCUACAAAAUUACUGAAAAACAUCGAUCUCAGAUCCAAGAUCUCGAGAGAGCAAUGCAACACGCCAACAGACUGACAAAUGAACAGAUAAAAACAGGGAAAAAAUCUUCUUUUUCAUUUUUCAUUGUGACAGUAAUCUACCUUGGGUUUUCGAUUCCUUACUUGAUAUUUUGCAUCUUAUUCAUAGUUAUAGGCUUUCAUGGUUUUGUCGUCCAGCUCGGGGAAUUAUCCUUUACUAUAAUUACGAUCACUGCCUCUAUCAACCCCGUUGUCUACUGCUGGCGCUUACAAGAACUUCGMGAUGCAGUAAAACKUCAGGUAAAAUUGAUUUUCAAGUGGAAUAGUUCUGAAAGUCUUUCGAGGUAGGGCUAAGUUAAAAAGUAAAAAAAAACAACUUUAUUUGAUGCUGCUAAGACAGAGCGGAAAAACCGGACGCAUGCGCAUUAGAGACUAUUUUC